AAAAAACCGUGUGCGCUGCUAGUGCAUCAAUUUUUUCUUCACUGAUUCUGCACGCACAACAACAUUGGUGUCUGGUCGCUGAAAAACAGUGUUUUGAGGAAUCACUUCCCAAUGGCUUCUUCUAUUUUCUUCACCGACUAUGCUUCUCAUUCUACAGCCGUUCGCCUCCUCCCUCUGCGGCGCCGCCACCACCACCACCACGUGGGCCCUACUUUCCGGCACUUCACCCUUCACUCUUCUCCAUCUCUUGUUGUCCCCGUUGCUGCCAUGACUACUAAGGCUUCUGCUAUGGUGAUUGAUGGAAAAUCAGUGGCAAAGCAAAUCAGAGAUGAGAUAACAGCUGAAGUCUCCAGGAUGAAAGAAGCCAUUGGUGUGACUCCUGGGUUAGCUGUAAUACUUGUUGGAGACAGAAAGGACUCUGCAACUUAUGUGCGUAACAAGAAGAAGGCUUGUGAAUCUGUGGGAAUCAAUUCCUUGGAAGCUAAUUUGGCGGAGGAUUCCACAGAACAAGAAGUGCUGAACCAUAUUGCAGACUUCAAUGAUGAUCCUUCAGUUCAUGGCAUUCUUGUUCAGUUACCUUUACCUUCUCACAUGGAUGAGCAAAACAUCUUGAAUGCUGUUAGAAUUGAGAACGAUGUAGAUGGUUUUCACCCAUUAAAUAUUGGUCGCCUUGCCAUGCGUGGAAGAGAACCCCUGUUUGUUCCCUGUACACCAAAGGGAUGCAUAGAGCUACUACACAGAUAUGGUGUUCCUAUCAAAGGAAAGAGGGCUGUUGUGAUUGGUCGGAGCAAUAUUGUAGGAAUGCCAGCUGCCCUCUUGCUGCAAAGGGAAGAUGCUACUGUAAGUAUUGUCCAUUCCAAAACCAGUAACCCUGAGGAGAUCACAAGACAAGCAGAUAUCAUUAUCUCUGCCGUUGGUCAACCAAACAUGGUUAGGGGGAGCUGGAUAAAGCCCGGCGCAGUCAUAAUCGAUGUUGGAAUCAACCCAGUAGAGGAUCCAAAUAGCCCUCGAGGUUAUAGAUUGGUAGGAGAUGUAUGUUAUGAAGAAGCCAGCAAAGUUGCCUCGGCUAUAACACCAGUUCCUGGAGGAGUUGGUCCAAUGACCAUAGCAAUGCUUCUCCAAAAUACUCUCCUCUCUGCAAUGAGGAUACACAAUUUUGAAUAAACAUAUAUUGUCAAUUGCAACCUGGUUAAACCAUGCAUAUCAUUUUGGCCCAUCUAUUUUUCGUUUUUGGUCUAUUCUACAUUGAGAAAAUAGGGGAAGUUUGUUCCCCCCCUGGACAUCCACCUCCCUGAAGUUGCAUCAUCAUAUGAUGCACAAAUUGUCUAGGAGAUUGAUGUCCAAAUCCUACAAUAACUCUGGAAGAUCAUACUGUAAACAACUCAUUAAUCUUAAGGCACACUUAAGAGACUGAAGUAAAAUGGUUGUUAGAGACAGUGUCGUAAACUAAAGUCAAUUGCAAGCAAAGCUUGGAAGAGUUUAUUAUAAAAUUUAAUUUGACACAAUAAUUGUAACAAUUGAUCUAGUUAUUUUCUUUAGUUUGGU